GGAUCCAAACCCAGGCUUCGCAGCAAGCAACCGCUGAAAGAUUCCUUCAUUACCAUGAUAGAAUGAGGACUGCGAUAUCUGCUAGGUACCAGAAUAAAAAUAAUCAACCUCAAUCCAGAUUCUAUAUCCCUAAACGCGCAAAGCCGAAUCGCUAUCGGCCUGUUUUCCCUACCCAGAAAAAGGAACUUUCCCCUAAGAAAUAUGACCUGACCAACUGCAAACAACACGACCGUCCCGUCAGCUCCAGCCGUCAAAGAAAGUCCCCCAAAAAAAAGGAAAAAGAAAAAAAAGAGGAUGAGAAAGAAGAGGAGGUUAAGGAGGAAAAGAAGAAAAAAAAGAAGAACAAAGGGAAGGCCAAGUAUAUCAGAAAGACUGAUAAGACCAGGAAAGUGAAGGAGGCUACUGCAGAGGACCGACGGCACGGAUUGAGCUUUCUGGGCCUGCGCCUUGUGGUCGAUAACCUGCUUACCACUGGGCCAUCCAAUCCAGCUGAUCUCCCACAACUCCUAGAUGAAGUUCUUGAUAGCAGGGACUUUAUUUACGGCCUUGCUGCGUUGUUGUAUCACGGAGUGAUGAGUCCAUUAUCUAGCAAGUCGUCUCGGAUGGUCAUGGUCCCUGUUCAAGCAGCGCUAAGGUCUCACUAUCGGAAUGCGCAGCAAAAUGCAACUGCCAAAAAAUAUCUGGAUUUCCCUACGUCUGCUUUCUCGCCUCGGUCUCUCUGCCUAACGGAAGCCUGUCUCCUGGAUAUAUUAUGGUCUAACCCAACAGUUCGAGAGGAAAUAGUCCAAUUGUUGGAACUAAACAUGAGUACCAAGGGGGCUGCAGAGGACAAGAUCCUUAACCACAAGGGGAUAUUGUUGCAGGAGCUGUUUUCCUUGAAAGGAUACAAGGACGUUGGACUGCAAUCUGAUGAUAGCCCUAGAAGGAAACUACGGACAUCAUCUCAAGCAGUCCAGGCUUCUUCAAGUGCUCAGCAGGGAUCCUCGUCUUCAGGCCAUGGUGCAGGCCAUGGUGGUGAUGAUGGAGACGACGACGGAAAUGAAGAUGACGAUAUCUUGCUGGGUAUCAGCGAUAUUGACUUGCUGGAAGUUGAUGAACCAUUCUUAGAUGGCGACGAGGGAGAAGAAGCAGCUGAAGAAGGUACAUCGAGCACAAAUCCACUGUCCCCGGUGAGUCCCAGUUCCCGGCGUGAGAUCAACUGGAAGCAGAGAUCCCGUCUCCUCGAGAAUGUAGAAGUUAAAUAUGACACCCAGGCAGCAUGCCCUCCCCCCGAAAGUACCAUUAUCAUUGGGAUCGAUCCAGGCGAGAGGUACUCGAUGACAAUUGCAAAGUUGGAUACAAGGAAACCUAACGAACGUGAGAUCCUCCGGAUUUCUAGAGCUAGUAGCAGUGGAGCAGGGACCGGUAGUAGCAGUGGAGUUGAGGCCAGUAGUAGCAGUGGAUCUGAGACCAGUGACGACAAUAGGGAGACUACAUAUAGGGCGCUUGUCGAUUUCUAUAAUGACAGGUGGUUUGUUCGGAAUAGCUGGGAUAAUAGAAAAGCACAGAACGGAUACGUUGAUUAUGUGAUCAAGGCAAUUCUGAAGCUUGCGGGCGGAAGCAAUGGAAGAAGAAGAGAUGCCAAUACGAAUGCAGUGAUCUGUAUUGGACGAGGAUCAUUCAAGACAAACCGAGGACAAGUAUCGAAGCAUGGGAUAUUGAUGAAGAAGCUUGUUGAAAAGGCAAAAUCUCUAGACUACCCCAUUGUAGGUUGUCAUGAAUACUACACAUCUGCCAAGUGUCCACGGCCUCACUGUGACAAUGCUGUUGAUGCUGAGAACAUCGCAAGGGUCUGUGAGUCGCAGAUAAGAGAGCAAAAACGACCUGCAAAAUAUAUGCCGCCGGACGGAGGAACUCAAGGCCAAGCUUCUAGCGGUAGUGGCGGCGGUGGAGGUAGUGGUGGCAGUGGUGGCAGUGGUGGUGGUAGUAGCAGACCCACAAAAAGGAAAUUUUCAGAUGAAGGAGGAGGAGGAGUAGAGGGAUCAAGACCACCGAAAGGACCUUUGCUGGGUCCAGGAGGAGGGGGAGAGACAAGCCGGCAACAGCAGUAGGACACAAUCUACUACAAAACAUGACUAGGUCCAGAAAGGCCU